AUGCGGACAUGCUCGCCGCUCGCGGAGGAGAUAGUGAGAAACAGUCUCCCGGUGUCGACCCAUGAGCCCGCGCGGGGCUCAAGUUCAUGCCUAUGCCGAUGGCUUGCUCUUCCACACAGCGCGCCGUUGGCGCAGGGCGUGGCGGCGCAGGACCGGCUGCACGUGGUCUGCCCGUGGCACGACGCGGCCUUCGACCUGCGGACGGGGCAGCCUGUGCGGGGCUGUGCGCUGCAGGCCAUUCCCACGUACGCCGUGUCUGUGGAGGAUGGGAACGUCAUGGUCGACCUGCCGAGGUUCAUGGACGACUUCGUCGAGCCGGUGGCGGUCCGGCGGUCGCCCGACGACCAGCGCCUCUUCGUGAUCGUCGGCGGCGGCGCCGCGGGCGUGGCGGCCUGCGACGCGCUGCGGCAGGAGGGCUUCACGGGCCGCCUCGUGCUGCUCUCGGAGGAGAGGCACCACCCCUACGACCGGCCCGUGCUGUCCAAGAACCUCGCCAAGGCCUCGGACGUCGAGAGCAUCGCGCUCUGCGACGCCGCGCACUUCGAGGCGCACGACGUCGAGUUCCGCCCUGGCGCGCGCGUCGCGCAGCUCGACGCCGCCCGCCGCGCCGUGCGCCUCGUCGGCGGGGAGGAGCUGCGCUACGACUGCGCGCUCGUGGCGACGGGCGCGAGGCCCCGCGCCCUGCCGGUGCCGGGGGGCCAGCUGCCCAACGUCAUGGCCCUCCGCACCCCAGAGGACGGGCCAAGGGGGAGGCGGGUUCCCUGA